AUGGCACCCGAGCGACACGACCAAGACAGUAGUCGAUCCCGGCACGCACAUCGCAGCCGCCGUGAUCGCGAUGACGGCUCCGUCGACAGCGGCUACGGGGGCUCUGCAGCAAACUCCCCAAAAGACGCUCACGAUGUGCACAAAGACGCGCUCAGGGACUAUCACGUCGAGUCUGCUAGGCAUCAUGCAGAGUCAAGCAGACGAUCAAGCCGGUCUGAGGAUGCGAAAGCGGCCGAGUCGAAAGCAGACAAGGAGGAGAGGGAAUCAGCCAGCGACUCGGACUACGACCCCAGGGACAAGUACUACCUCAAGGUCGACGACGACGAGUACAACAAGAUGACUUCUGCCGCAACGGAAGAUCCAGUCCAAGACGACCGAGAUCGCGAUGGCACAGAUAGGGACAGGAGAGACCGACGAAGAUCCGAUGCUUCCGAAAGGCACAGGAGUGACCGCCGGCAGAGCACUGCAUCGGAGAGGGAUAGGAGAGAAAGACGGGAGAGGCGCGAGAGUGAUGCUUCAAAUUCAUCGAGACGGAGCGACCGGAAUCGGAGGGAGGACCGGGAUCGUGACCGACAAAAGUCGCUGUCGUCGCGCCGGCAUUCGACCACAUCUGACGGCAGCGACUCCAGAUUCAUCUCGCCGCCGGCACGACGCAUCAACAGCGUCUCACUCCCGCCACGACUCCCACUACCGCUCCCUGUCCCCCAUCCCAUCCGACUCCUGGGAGGAGUCAGAAGACUCCCCGGAAAGAUCGCCCCGGCACCGGGGGACCAGCCGGUCGCGCGCCGCUCCGAGGCAGGCUCCAAGAAGAGCCCGACGCGGAGCAAGAGCCGCGACGAGUCGGCCCAGCACAUCGACCCGGACGGCGAGGCGGCCAAGAACUUCCUGGACAAGCUGACCAAGGGCGUCGACAUGAAGUCCGUGGGCAAGGUCGGGCUCGACGCCGCCGCCGUGGCGGCCAUCAAGAUCGCCGUCGGCACGCAGGUCCCCUGGAAGCAGCGGAUCCCGCGGACUAUCACCGUCGGCGCUGCUGCUGCGAUCAUGGACUUCAUCGUGAAGAAGACGAAUUUCAAGCCCAAGGGCAUGAUCGGCACCAUCUACGCGAGGCAGUUUGUCGAGAUCGUGCUGGCCAACUUGAUUGUCAACCCGGUCAGCAGCAAGGUCACUGGCGCGGCGCAGAAUGCUAAGGGUAAGGCGGCGGCGGGUAAGCCUGGUGGCGGAGGAAAAAGGUGA